UAGCAUCCUCCAGCAGAAACCUGUGAAGCUGGGAUGGGGUCAGCGCCCUAAAGCCAGCCCCUUCUCUUUUGCCAAGACCUGCCUCUGCACAGCCCUAAGUGGGUACAGCUGGAAUCCUGAGCCUGCGAUGGAGCCCCGACUGGGGCCCAAAGCUGCCGCCCUCCACCUGGGCUGGCCGUUCUUGCUGCUGUGGGUCUCCAGCCUGAGCUACUCUGUCUCUUCACCGGCUUCUCCCUCUCCUUCUCCGGUGUCCCGAGUCCGAACGAGCUACAAUUUGGGAAGGACUUUCCUCGGUCUUGAUAAAUGUAACGCCUGCAUCGGGACAUCUAUUUGCAAGAAGUUCUUUAAAGAAGAAAUAAGGUUUGACAACGGGCUGGCCUUACACCUCGGACCACCUCCUGACGACUUGCCUUCUUACUCUGCAAAUUACUCAGAUGAUUUCAAAACCUGGCGCCCAGUGGAGAUCUCGAGGCUGGUCAGCAAACAGCAAAACAAGAUCUCAGACGGGAGAAUCUGUGCCUCCGCAGCUGCCCCCAAGACCUGCAGUAUUGAGCGUGUCCUGCGGAAAACAGGGAGGUUCCAGAAAUGGCUGCAGGCCAAGCGACUCACACCAGACCUGGUGCGGGGCCUGUCCAGUCCUCUCUUGCGCUGCCCAUCACAGCGACUCCUGGAUCGCGUGGUCCGGCGCUAUGCAGAGGUGGCUGACGCUGGCAGCAUCUUCAUGGACCACUUCACGGACCGGGACAAGCUGCGUCUCCUCUACACGCUAGCUGUCAACACGCAUCCUGUCCUUCUACAGAUCUUCCCGGGUGCUGAGGGUUGGCCGCUUCCCAAGUACUUGGGCUCCUGUGGUAGAUUUCUGGUCAGUACCAGCACCAGUCCGCUGCAGGAAUUCUAUGGUGCACCUCCAGACCAGGCGGCUGACCUAGCCUACCAGCUCCUGGGUGUCCUGGAAUCUCUGAGGAGCAAUGAUUUGAACUACUUCUUCUACUUCACCCACGUGGAUGCAGGCAUGUUUGGCAUCUUCAACAACGGGCAUCUGUUCAUCCGGGAUGCCAGUGCACUGGGCGUGAUCGACAGGCAAGAAGGCAGCCAAGCAGCCUCCGGCGCAGGAGACAAUAAAGACAUCUUCAGCUGCCUGGUCUCUGGCUGCCAGACUGAGCUGCCCUCCUGUGACACCAUCCCUGAGAAGCAGAACCUGGUGCUGGUGUGCAGCCAGGUGUUGCCCCUGCUUCUCCAGGCCAAGUUCCCGUCCCCAGUGCAGGAGGAGAUUGACGCCGAGCUCACUCGCUGUGCAGACGGAACCCGGCCAGACCCGGAGGUCCUCGGGGCUGCCAGCCGGCUGAAGGACAUCUUGAGACCCCUGAGAACCUGUGACCCCAGAUUCGCCUACCGCUACCCAGACUGCAAGUAUAAUGAUAAGUUCUGAGGGGCUGGAGCCUUGCCGACCCACAUCCUUGGAACUUCCACGGCCCACUCGGCUCACUGCAUAGUUGAAAGAAGCUGCUCCCUUCUAGCCAUUAGGAGAAAGGCACUUUGGUGUCCCAGAGACAGAGGAACAUGCUAACCACCAGAGGACAGUUGGGCCAGAGGGCAGCCAUGCUACCUGUCCCCUCGACCCCUAGCUGGGACAUCAUGGAAGAGCCCAGGGUUGGGCAUUGGAAGACCUGGGUGUGAACACUCACUCAGCCUCUUUGAGCCUCAAUUUUCUCUCUUCUCCACAAGACUCUUGAGUUAGUGAAAAAUGCCAGAGAUGUGAAGGGCCCAGGACACACACUUCCUCCUCCCAACCCAGUCAGUUACAAAGAAUGUUCCAGAAGCAUGCAUGCCCAGACAGGGUAAAUGAGACAUAGCCAUGGAGGUCAAAAGAGUGACAUGGAGGAAAGACUUGGCCCCAGUGCUAGCCCUCCUGGAACACUCCCCAUACUGCCAGGGGGUGAGGAGACUGAAGGCCCAGGGGACACAGAGACAGGAGGCACUUAAUGGCGUGGGAAGGAGGCAGGGGUAAGAAGAGAAGAGUGCUGGGCUGGGGGCCAACAUGUUUGUCCACAUCCUCUGAGAACCAGAUGUCAAGACAGGAUUAAGUGGGCAAGGAUUGUAUUGAGGAAGAUGGCUGUGUGGGAGGAAAGGAGGGAGGAGCCGAAGACCAUGGGGAGAAUCAUAAGGCCAGGCUGGAAGGCUGACGCCCCCUCCCCUGAGUGAAGGCAAGAAGAUCAGAUGAGAGCAUCCCAGACUCCCCUCUGCUCAACCAAAAUAAGAUUCAGCAGGGCUGUCAGGGUGUCCUUGAGCUAAAGCCAGUCAUCAGAGCAACUUCCCAAGCAAGGAUGGACGGCUCUUAUAUUCCUGCUGCAGGGAACAGCCCAUGGGAAGCGUGGCCUUAGCCCAGCCACAAAGAUGGAUUUCAAAGCACAGUGCAGGGCACUUAGCCAGUUGAGCUCCCUGGAGCAGGAGGUCUGUGAGUAGAACAUUCUUCGUAGCCAUAGCCGAGGACCAGGGCCAGGUCUCUCUACAUAACUUCCUCUAGGGCAGGACUCUAAGGAGUCUGAGAAUUUUCAUUCAAACUUGGCCUUAUGGGUCAUUCUAAAAAAACUUUUUCAAGGUCAGCCAACAGAAUAUAUUUUAUUCAACAGUUUGCGUGUUUUAUACCUUUCAAAUGAUUAGCCACAUGGUAUGUGGGUUUCCAUGUAUCCUUUUGCCCAGGCUGCAAACAUUAAUGGGGGUUCCUUGGACUUUUGCCCAGUCACCCUGCCUGCCCUCUACCUUCAGAGACCUCUCAGUUGGCCUCCUCUUUUGGGCUUCCCUGGUGGCUCUGACGAUAAAGCGCCCACCCGCAAUGCGGGAGACC